GUGGGGAAAAAAAACUCCUGACAAAACUUGGCUCUUGUCUCUUCUUGUGGCAAAACUUUCUCCUACGGAUUGUUCUUCUUGUGAGCGACUCUUCCUGCGGGUUCUCAAAACUUUCUCCAACGGGCGGCUCUUCCUGUUCUCUUGCGGGUUGGAUAAAAAAAUUCCUAUGCCAAAACUUUCUCCUACGGUUGGUUCUUCCUUUGGUGGUUCUUUCUCCUACGUGUGGCUCUUCCUAUGGACGACUCUUCCUGUGAGUUCUUCUCUUACGGGUGGCUCCUCUUGUGGGCAACUCUUUCUGUGGGUUCUUCUGUGGGUGGGAAAAAGAAAAAUUCCUAUGGCAAGACUUCUUUCUCCUACGAAUGGUUCUCCUCCUACUGGAAAAAAAAAUUCCUACGACACCAUAGACAAACUGGUUCGUAAUUAA